AUGCAGACGCUUCUGUUCGCUGACCCGUCAGCGCAACACUUUUCUGAGUCUAGCCAGCCUCUUGAGGAAGCAGACUUAGACCGACGUGAAGAGCUAUCCGAAGCACUGUCAGCUUUUGCACAGAUUCCUACGCUUGAUGCGUCAUCGAGUCAUCGCGCAACAAGCAAGUCGAUUGAUGAGGCCCUGCGUGGUGAAAGUGAUGUGAUAUUUUAUGUUGGUGGAGGAGAUGAGCACCACUUGGUGAUCGAUGCCCCAAAUGGUCUGUCGGCGCGGUUGAACAAAGAUGACUUGUCGCAGCUCUUAUGUUGUGUUAACAGCGUACGGUCAAAGCUUGUUAUUGUCAUUGCGCCAUCGCGCGGUACCGCUUGUUUGCUUGCAGAAUGUGGCGCUCCUCAUGUUUGCUAUCUAAGCUCGGCAAGCAAGCAUUCUCUGCGAGUAACUGCUUUUAUUAGAGCCCUAUUUGCAGGCCUUUUAAAAGGAUUUCAUGUCCUCAAGAGCUACGUUCUGGCGGAACUUGUAGCACUGAAUGACUUGCUGCCUAUCAUGCGGCCGUCGGAGCAAGUCUGCGAAAUGCUGCCACUUGCAGAACAACACGACAUUCUGAUCGGUUCUUCUCCAGCAGUUCCCACGGUGACCAACAGGGACGUGGCUGUCUUGCUCAGCGGACAUUUUAUUCCCGUUCUGUCAGCGCAUUUUCUUGGAAGGGACGCAGUCGUCCGCAAGGUCAAGUCAGCGCUGACUCAAAACGUUCGAGUUUGUAACGUUUAUGGAGCUCGAGGUGUUGGAAAAUCGUCGAUCGCUGUUCAAAUUGCAAAAACUUUCUAUCGCACAAGAAGUUACACAAAUGGAGUGCAUUAUUUUGCUGUCGACAAACUAGUUGAGCACAUCCAGAACAGCAGCACACCUGUGCCAGUUGUCACUGGAAGUCACGGCUUUGUACAGCCUGUUCAGCAAAAGGAUGCUCUGGAAAUGGUGCUGCAGGAAGUCGAAAGUCUUUUGCGCUCACUCCCAGAAAUGGAUCUUGCAGAUCAUCUUGCUACGCUUGUAGUGCUGGACAGCUGCGACAUCGCACUUCCAGCACUUGAGAUUUUUAUUCUCAACAUUGUGCGGGCAUUUCCUUGUGUUCAGAUCUUGCUCACGUCGAUCGAAAAGCUGCAGAUCGAAGUAAACGAUGGUGAAGUCUUGACGAGAGAAACCAUUCACGUAGAGGAGCUCGGAAAGCUAGAUUGUGCAAAACUUUUUUUCAAGCAAGCGCGAGGCCAUUUGACUUCACGACAGAUUCGACAACACUUUUCAGACACCAGCAUUGAAGCCCUGUCCGAGGACGAACGCCUACUCGGUACCGCGGGCAAUCCUCUUUCGAUUUCUCGUCUCGUGUACGAGUUAGAGUCGCAGUCGGCCAUUGACUGA